UAAGAUAACAAUUAUGCUGUUAAAUAAUUAAAAGUUAACAUGUUAAUAACAUGGUAGGCGGUUGAUCGAUUAUUAAAGUGUCGUUUAAUUAUUGUUUGAAGACUCCCUCUUGCAUGUCGCUAAAAUUCUACAAAAAUGGAAUAAUAGUUCAAGACGGCCCACUACGAUCUUACGAAGAUCCAGCCACGACGUCAUUUCUUAAGGAUAUCUUGGACGGCUAUUUCCCUUCCGAGCUGCAAGAGGCUUAUCCAGAGGGCGUACCUUUUAAGGUGGAAGAUCACAGGAGCCAAUUGUUCUUGAGCACGUCCGAGUUUCCUGGCCAAGGUUAUCGAUUGGGAAAAGAAAGCCUGGCCAAUAACACGAUCAUUUCUAGAUCUCGUACCAGACCUCCCACCAUUCAACAGAGAAUGGCUCGUCGUGGCGCCCCUUCCAGAGAUAAUCUGACUAAUUUCGACCCCAACGCGCAACUCUUGUCCCCCACAACUAGUCGAUUGGACGGCGACGAUCGAUUCAGGCAGCGAUCGAGAUCUGCAAGUUUACCAAACUCUAGAUUUUCUAUUAAUUCGAGGUCAACACCGAGAGCGAAUAUUGAUGUUAAACAGUAUGCAACUUCUCAAAUCCAAUCUGGUAUAACGAGGAAAAGUCAACGUUCAACAAGAUCCGCUGUACCAGUCAGAAAGAAUGCACCUCCGAUUUUACAUCAGAUCAAUGAACCAUCGGGAAAAGCGGGCGAGCUCCGUUUAAAAGUCAGAUCUCUGAAUGGCGGUACUAUCUAUUUGGUGCAUGUAUCUGCCGACGAACCAAUAGCUCGACUUUAUCAGUUGUUAGAUAAAGCUAUGUCAAGAACUGUUCCUCGAGGAUACAAAAUUGUUCUCAGCGGAUAUUCGCCGAGAAGAUUGGAACAAUUAGGAAUAACAUUAAGAGAAAUUGGUAUUACUAGGGAUAGCGUUUUGCAUUUAGUGAACGAUUAAAUAUCAAAAGUAUAACGAAUUUCCGAAUUUAUGUUAUUUAAGAAAAAAAAAAAAAAAUAAUUGUAAAAAUAUUAUAUUAUGGAAAAUAUACACAUUAUAUAUAUUUACGAAAUUUUAUCGUUCUACGAUAAAAAUUGCAGCUUUGAAAUCGUAGUUUACCAUGGUUGAUAAUGGUAA